CCGCUGCACCCACUCUCCAUUGGGUCGUGCACACCCAUUAUUCCUGCUUCCAUCCACUGCCAGUAUCUUCCCUACUGGUAUUUUACGCCCAUCUGAAACGUGCUGCACCCCUGCUCGUCGCGUAACCUUUGAGCAACAAGUACCGCUAUGGAUCCAGCAAACCUCGCCCACAACCAGAAGAUGCGCCAGGCUCCGGCCGCGCCACGCCGAUACGACGGACAGAACGGAAAUCCCGUAUACGAUGCGCAGAACGGAGGUCACUAUGGUGCAUCGGCGUCGAUUGCCGCACAAGGCCAUGCGCCUGAUCCGCAGCUCUUCACUGGCUCGUGGCAGAAUGUCAAUCAAGGUCUCACGGGCAACUACCGCGACAUCCUCAACACAUACUGGCAACAGCAAGUUACGAAGCUCGAAACCGACGAACACGACUACAAGCUGCACCAAUUGCCCCUCGCGCGCAUCAAGAAAGUCAUGAAGGCCGACCCAGAGGUCAAGAUGAUAUCCGCCGAAGCUCCCAUACUCUUCGCCAAGGGUUGCGAUAUUUUCAUUACGGAGCUGACAAUGCGCGCGUGGAUCCACGCCGAGGAGAACAAGCGUAGAACACUACAGCGGUCUGACAUUGCUUCCGCACUCUCCAAGUCGGACAUGUUUGAUUUCUUGAUUGACAUUGUGCCGCGCGAAGAGGCUCAUCCCCACAAGAGGGGUGGCGCCGGAGGCAGCACCGCCGUCCAGUCCUCCGCUGCCGUACCUCCGGGCGCAUUGCCUCAGGGUGGAGUGCACGCACAGCACCAGAUGGCGCCGCCUGACUACGGGAUGGCACAACACAUCCCACAGCAGGAUGAAUUCCGCCAGCCCAACAUGUAUCCCGUCCCCAGCGAUCCCAAUGCCUACCAGCAGCAACCGAUGUUUGACCCGUCAGUCUACAACGCCUACCCAAUGGCACAGCAGCCUCAGAUGUACCCGGUCGGUCAACGUGGACCCGAUCCUGCGAGCGACCCCAACCAAGGCUAUCGGCAGCACGACCCUGAGGGUGAUGCGGAUGCUGAAGGGGAACGAGAGGACUUUGGACCUUAGUAUUUCCAUUGAGACCUAUUCGACGUAUUGCUUGUUAUGAGUAGACGGUUAACGCGGGUCGCCAAUGGCGGUUUCGAGCGUAGUGCUCCCCAUGG